AUGGAACCGCUCGUUGUUGAUGUCGUCCAUUUCUAUCCUCGAGAAAAUGCACAGCCCCAUAACACCGUCAAGUUCGAAGUUGUAAACGACGAAAAUCCGACCACAGCCAUAGUGCGUCGUGGUCAACCCUUCAACGGUGUGGUGAGAUUCACACGACCUUUUGAUGAAAAUGAAGACACUGUGCAGCUUGUGUUUACACUCGGAGAUAAGCCACAGAUGGACACACAAGGCUCUAUGUUUUUGAAGAGAGAUGUGCUUCCUGAUAAAUAUUCUUGGUACGCUAAGAUAGUGGAUGUGCAAGGAGAUACAGUUUCAUUUGAGGUUUCGACACCAGUCAACGUGCCAGUGGGAUGUUGGGCUCUGCGCGUCGUCACCAGACUAAAGAGCUACCAAGCGCGGGAAGUGUAUGAUUAUGAUCAAGAUUUGUUCAUCCUGUUCAACCCUUGGAAUCCAGAUGAUCAAACAUAUAUGGAGGACGCCGACCUGUUACAAGAGUACGUUUUGAACGAUGUGGGCAAGGUAUGGGUUGGUCCCAUCAAGACUACGCGAGGUAAGCCGUGGUUCUACGGACAGUUUGACGCAGUUGUACUCCCAGCUUGCAUGUUUAUGCUGGACCGAGCUGAAAUGCCUUUCAAUCAUCGUAGUGAUCCAGUGAAAGUGGCAAGAGUGAUCUCACGCAUCGUCAACUCAAACGACGAUGCUGGAGUGCUCGUUGGGAGAUGGGAUGGAAACUAUGAAGAUGGAACUGCCCCAUCAGAAUGGACCGGUUCCGUGGACAUCCUCGCUCAGUAUUUGGAGACCCAACAAGAGGUACCUUACGGACAGUGCUGGGUGUUCGCUGGCGUAGUUACUACAGUUUGCCGCGCUUUGGGUAUCCCAUCUCGUGUUGUAUCAAACUUGGUAUCAGCUCAUGAUGCAAACUCCUCACUCACUGUGGACAAGUACUAUACUGAAACCAUGGAAGAACUGGACUUCGACCCUAACAACCCUCAGGGAGCAGACUCUAUCUGGAACUACCAUGUGUGGAAUGACGUAUGGAUGACAAGACCUGACCUUCCACCAGGCUACGGCGGAUGGCAAGCAAUUGAUGCAACACCCCAAGAAACGUCCUCUGGCCAAUACCAAUGUGGCCCAGCGCCACUAGAAGCUAUCAAACAAGGUGUAGUAGGCCUGAACCACGACGUAGAGUUUAUGCUGGCAUCUGUUAAUGCUGAUCUGAUGAGGUGGAGACGAGACCCUGAAAGUGAAACUGGAUAUUCCAUGGUUGAUACCAACAACUAUCAUAUUGGACGCAUGGUACUCACAAAGAAACCUUACGUGUUCGAUCCUUUGGGAGAUGAAGACAGACAAGAUAUAACUGGUGAAUAUAAGCAUAGGGAGGGAACUGCUUCAGAGCGAUUGGCUUUGAUGAAUGGCGUGAGAUACUCUGAGAGGGCGAAGAGAUAUUACUCCGUCGCAUCAAACCUUUCAAACGAUGUAUCGUUUAAACUUCGUGAUAUUGAUUCUGUACCCAUCGGCAAAGAGUUCAGGGUCAUUGUUGACAUCGACAACAAUAAUUCUACUGAGGGACGUAACAUCAAGGCUGCUUUGACGGUAACUAGCGUAUUUUACAACGGUGUACGAGCCGAAGUUGUGAAGAAGAUCGAAGGCAAGAUCUUUGUUGGACCUCAGAAACAUGAACAAGUAAGCAUUCUAGUCCAGGCAGAUGACUACUUGCCCAAGCUGGUGGAGUAUUGCAAUAUGAAAAUAUCCGCUAUGGCCAUCGUGGACGAUACCAAACAGUCCUGGGCAGAUGACGAUGACUUCCAAGUCUUGAAACCCAAUAUUAGUAUUAAGUUCAACGAAGAUCUAAUCAUUGGACAACCAGCAACUGCUCUUCUCUCGUUUGUGAACCCGUUAGAUAAGCCUCUCACAGCUUGCGAGUUCCGAGUGACGUCAUCUGGCAUCGCCGGGAGGACGUUGCGCUUCGCGGCGUCGGAUGCUGCGCCUCACGGGCAGAUGACUGCUGAAUUACCUGUUGUUCCUAAUAAAUUGGGCAAAAUCAAUUUUGUGGCAACAUUCAAAUCUGUUGAACUUAAAGAUAUCAACGGUGCGGCCAGCGUUGAAGUGUUUGAAGGA